AGUCCAUUGUCUAACAGAUGUCAAACCUUAAACUCUGCAUGCCUCCACGUUUCAUUUCCAUUUCCAUUUCCUGCUCAAACUCCACCUCCGCCUCUCACAACUUCUCCUCUCGCUUUCUCCGCCGAACACCGCCGUCAUCCAUGGAACAAGAACCACAAAAACAAGAUGACCACUACAGUCUGAUCCCAAAACCAGACUGGUUCAUAACCUUACUCUCAUUCCAAUCAGACAUAAUCUACAAAUUCAUCACCACACUCUUCUCACCGUUCACACUUCUUUUCUCCAUGCUCAAUGAAUCCUACCGGCGGACGGAGGUAACCACGGCCACCGUGGAGUCGACGAUUCUUCAAAUACCAUCUAAGCUCACGUAUGGGAGUGUGAUGUUGAUUAGGAAGUUGGGGUUGGGAAUUAUGGGGGCUGUGCAUGUGUUUGUGGUUUUGGUUUGUGUUGUGGUUUUGGCUGGUUUGUUGGGGUUUGGGUUGGUUCGAGUUUGGAUUGAGAAGCCGGUUUUUUUGAGGGAACGGUUGUUUUUUGAUUAUAGUGAGGUGAAUCCCACGGCGGAGUUUAAUUUUGGUGGUGGUGAGGGGUUUAAGAGGGGGCAAAUGGGUAUUCCUGUUGGCCAUACUUUUCAUGCUUCAUUGGAGCUUUUGAUGCCUGAAUCUUACUAUAAUAGAGAAAUGGGAGUGUUUCAGUUGAGUGCAGAACUAUUGUCAGCUAAGGGAGUUGUGAUUACAAAAUCGAGCCAACCAUGCAUGUUUCCAUAUCGAAGCCUUCCUAUUCGGCUGGUAAGAACAUGUCUAAUGAGCAUACCGCUACUGUUGGGCAUUUCCGAAGAGACGCAGAAGAUGUCAGUUGAGAUAUUAAAACACAGAGAAGGAAAUCCAAGAACAAAAGCUGUGAGAGUGACUUUGAUUCCGAGGGCCGGAACAUCAUAUCUCCCACAGUUAUAUGAAGCUGAAAUCCUCAUGAACUCGAAGCUGCCAUUGACAAAACAAUUGUUGCGUAACUGGAAAUGGACAAUUUCUGUCUGGGCAAGCUUAUAUAUUUACAUUACACUGCUUAUCUUUAUCCUCUGUUGCUGUCGACCGCUUCUCUUUCCAAUGACAUUAGUGAGUUUGAGCAACGGUGACGAUACGGAGGAUAACCAGAGUACACGAGAUUUAAAAGAGCCUCAGAUGGAAUCUCAAUCUCGAGAUCAACGAGAGCUUUCAGACCUGGUGAGAAAAUGGCAGCAAAGGAGGAGGAAGAGAAAAGCAAUAUUUCUACAAAGAGAGGUAUCGGAAACAGUUGGCUCAUCAGCUUCAAGCAUGAGCAUUACAAGGGAAGACACAAGUGUGUUGACGGAAGAGGACACUGGGGAUUCAGAGUCGGUAUGCCUAGGUAAUUGAUAAAUUAAUUGUUUGUACUAGUUUAUAAUGUAUGAAAUUGCAAAUUAAACACUCAGCAUUCUCUAUA